AUGCGUAGGUGUUUCUCUGUAUUGUUUCAGUCACACUUUACAUUCGUGCCGCCCUCCUCAGGUUCCCGGCGGGUGCGACUUGGACUGACUGGCAAAUGUGUUGGAGUAUCACCGCCUCUCGACAGUAAAGCCACAAAGAGCAGCGGUAGUGGGAAUAGCGAAGAGUGUUCCCGGCGCUUCAGUGCCUCUGAGGUGGUGAGGAGCUCCUUGGUUGGCCGCUGUUUUCGACAGCCAUCCAGACGCCGUGUCGGCCGCCAAGACCCCGGUGGUGUGGAGGUGGUGCUGACCCCGUCCUCACUGCUGCGGCGGCUGCAGACCAUUUUUCCUCCUGCACCCACAACAAACACAGCGAUGGCAGCGGAUAUGGAUCGAAGGGAACGGCCCCGUUCGCUUUCUGGCGAUACUGAAGCCGACUCACUGUUCACCCAAUCCCCGCCCCUUGUCCUUCCAGCCGGAGUGCGAGCAUGCUGCCUGCCUGUGGCGUGGGAGCGUGUGGUGCUCCGCCGUGUGGGGGCUGAUCCACUUCCCGGCAGAGGUAGCAACGCGGGGUCGGUCGUGCAUGUGACCCCAGCGGUGUAUGACGUCUACAUUCCUUCGUCAUGUCUUCUGCCGUCUUACACUGCGAGAGAAACACGUUCAGCCGCAGCAUCAACACUAACUUCGCGAGAUGCUUGCCAAAUUCGGUUCCGGGACACUAUUUUAACGCAGGGCCGCGUUUGGCUUCAGCGUGUCGGCGUGCUGCAUCACAUACCAGGGCUGCCGGACCCCGCUGCUGUGUCGCUGAGCCUGCGCGACUACGUAGCGUUGCUGAUGCAGCACGAAGGAGAGCCGGUUCUGCAUUGUCUGACCACCCGAGGGCUGAACAACCGCGACACAGGUCUCCAUAGCGUGCGACAAUGCCUCGUUAAGGAGAGGCUGUCACACCUGCGAGAGGUGGGGAACAGCAACGCUAACAGUGAGGGUCUUUAUGGCGGCGUGGGUGUGUGGAUCAUUCACCCGUGGCGUGAGUGUGUCUUCUUUGCAGUGCGCUACAGUGCCGGGACCGACCACUACGAGUGGCUGUGUCACCCUCGCUAUACAUUGUUCCCGGGCGCCACUGCUGCUCCGGAUGUUGGGCAAGAGGGGUUGCCAUCGCGACCGCGGAAAGGGCGAAGGGCGGCGGCGGCAGUGGGGGCAGAGACUGACGGCACAUCACUGCUGUCGUGGGCGCGGGCGUCAUUGGAGAUGGCGAUGAUGCCACACCGACCACCACAGGGGCAGCGCGGCACGCCCAGCUCGGCGCUGCCAACUGUGAUGUAUUAUUGCGCCGCUGGCGUGGCACUCACAGCGGAGGAAAAGGCUUCGUUUGUGACGCAGUUGCUGGGCGACACGGGGGCUGGCGGUCGGCGCACAGACGCACCGCCGACGUGUCCCCACAAAUCACACCGCAGUGGCGUGAAGCCGCGGCAGCAACAGCCGCAGCGAGGUAAGAGUAAAACAGAAGAAAAUGACUUUGGGGAUGGUGGUGUGUUGCGAUGGGCGAAGGUGUGGGCCCCGCUGCCGCGGUCAGCACGGCUGCUGCGUGGGCAGAGGCUACCAGACAACCCAAACGCCCUCGCCGAAGCAUUGAAGUACGGUCGGCUCUGCAUUCUGCACUGA